UUCAUCACAUCUCUCUCCUUCUCCCCGCUUCCUCUCCUCUCCUCUUCUCUCUGUCAGUUGAUCUGCUUCUAAAUCUGGCUUCUUCUCCUCUGUAUUUAUUGAAGGUAUAGACAUGGAUCAUCGCAGAAGGGAAACUCGGAUGAGUUCGCAUUCUUCUGGGUCAACUGGCAGCGAGUUUGUUCAAACACGACAGGAUCUGCCAACGCCAGAAUCUGUGUCUACAGAAUGGACAGAUGAGAAGCAUAGUCUUUACCUUAAAUCCAUGGAAGCAUCAUUUGUUGAUCAAUUAUAUAAUUCCAUGAAUCUUCUUGGCGUCCAAGUUCAAGACAAGAUGUCCAAUCCUAAAUUGUCACAGCAAGUACAUUGCAAUGCUCAUGUUCCAUCUGGCCAGUUUAAGGUUCUUCAAGAUGGUUGUUGGAAGAAAAUCAAUUUUCGAAAGACUGAUUCACAUGUAAACAUGGCAAAUGAACCCCAUGGCCUUCUGAUAAAUCCGUGGAUCCAGCACUUUAAGUCCGCAAGAAAACCCCAAGUUGCUUUCCAAGAAAAUGCCACAGUGCAAAGUCAAGCAACAAACUUUAGGAGGAGGAAGGAAGUGAAAAGUGGAACAGCAACUUCUUUGAAACAUUCUUAUCCAUGUGGAUGUCAUUCAUGUUCCCAUUGCCUGAUUGACAGCAACAAAGAGGUGUCAGAUCAAAAUUUUGUGGAUGAAGAUAUUAAAAAUGAGAAGACAAGCAGUACAUGUAGCUCAAAAAGGUUGAAAAUUCGUUCAGCUGGUACCUCCAGUUAGGACCAGGUUUUCCAUAUGGUAAGUCUCCUAUGACAGGUGCUGAGAAGUGUAUUUCUGUGGCAAGAUAAAAAGCACUUGCACCAGUGGCUGGAGUUAAUAAACCUGACUGGUUUUGGUGGCCGUUUUCUUAACCCACAAAGAAGCUGAAGGAACAUACCGAAUUUAGCAACUAAAAUGCAAGAUGGGCAGGUGGGGAGUGGAUGGUUUUGGGGGGGUGGGGGGGGGGGGGAGGAUUUUUGGGGGCCACAUUUGUUCUUAUGGUUAUAGCAAACAAAAUCUGUGAUAAUUUUUUAUGCUGCUGUGAGGAAUUCUCUGUCAUAGUCUCCAUAAAUUUUUUUGUCCUUUUAUUUGUACAUAUGUGUUGCAUAUCUGCAUUCUAUAAAUCCAGUUGAUUUUCCUCUGUAGUGAAGGUACGUAUAUAAAAGCUAUGAUGGCAUUUGCUCUCAGCAAAUAACAUUCCUUGUAGCUGCAAACAUUUUUGGGUGUGUUGAUUUAGCAAUAUAAACAGAAACUAGAAAAGGCAUUUCUGA